AUGGCCGCGGAGCUGGCGAUGGGCGCCGAGCUGCCCAGCAGCCCGCUAGCCAUCGAAUACGUCAACGACUUCGACCUGAUGAAGUUCGAGGUGAAGAAGGAACCGCCCGAGGCCGAGCGCUUCUGCCACCGCCUGCCGCCCGGCUCGCUGUCCUCGACGCCGCUCAGCACGCCCUGCUCUUCUGUUCCCUCCUCGCCCAGCUUCUGCGCGCCCAGCCCGGGCACCGGCGGCGGCGGCGCGGGGGGCGGCGGCGGCGGCGGCGCGGCGCAGGCCGGGGCCACCCCGGGGCCGACGAGCGGGGGCCCGGGCGCCGUCGGGGGCGCCUCGGGGAAGCCGGCGCUGGAGGAUCUGUACUGGAUGAGCGGCUACCAGCACCACCUCAACCCCGAGGCGCUCAACCUGACGCCCGAGGACGCGGUGGAGGCGCUCAUCGGCAGCGGCCACCACGCCGGGCACCACGGCGCGCACCACCCGGCGGCCGCGGCGGCGUACGAAGCUUUCCGGAGCCAGGGCUUCGGGGGCGGCGGCGGCGCGGACGACAUGGGCGCCGGCCACCAUCACGGCGCGCACCACGCUGCCCACCACCACCACGCCGCCCACCACCACCACCACCACCACCACCACGCCGGCGCGGCCCACCACGCCGGCGCGGGCCACGGCGGCGGCGGCGCGGGCCACCACGUGCGCCUGGAGGAGCGCUUCUCCGACGACCAGCUGGUGUCCAUGUCGGUGCGCGAGCUGAACCGGCAGCUCCGCGGCUUCAGUAAGGAGGAGGUCAUCCGGCUGAAGCAGAAGCGGCGCACGCUCAAAAACCGCGGCUACGCGCAGUCGUGCCGCUUCAAGCGGGUGCAGCAGCGGCACAUUCUGGAAAGCGAGAAGUGCCAGCUCCAGAGCCAGGUGGAGCAGCUGAGGCUGGAGGUGGGGCGCCUGGCCAAGGAGCGGGACCUGUACAAGGAGAAAUACGAGAAGCUGGCGGGCCGGGGUGGCCCCGGGGGCGCGGGCGGGGCCGGCUUCCCGCGGGAGUCCUCGCCGCCGCAGGCCGGGCCCGGCGGGGCCAAGGGCGCACCCGACUUCUUCCUGUGA